ACUUGCAGUCGUUCAGAAAAAUCUCGCCAACUUCCCUGCCAAAUCCCUGUCUUCAGCUGACUUUGUUUUGGCAAAAGAAGACAGUGGAGAGAGAGAGAGAGGGAGAGAGAGAGGGUUUUUCAUUUCCAUUUCCAUUUCCAUGGUUUUGUUGGUUGAGUGGCAUGGUGCAGAAGGACUAGUUGAGGAGGAGAGGGGAGAUCAGAAUAUUUUUCACUUCUAUGCUUGAGAGAGAGAGAGAGAGAGAGAGGAGUAAUAAGAAAGCUCUUUCACUCUAGAGCGAGAGGGAGAUCGGAGAAGCCAGAAACCCACGAUAGAAACCAGCAGUCCAAAGAUUGAUACCCAUAAAAAAAUUCAAAAGAAAAUGGCAAAAUUGCCAUUCACAUCUUCCUCUUCGAAUCCUCCGAGGAAAACCUUAGUUAGGGUUUUAAUGAUCACAAUACUCUGUUCUGUUUCUUACAUCAUAGGUUCUUACAAAAGCUCAGCCUCAAUUAUUCCAACCCAUUUUGAAGGUUCUCACUGUCUGCAACUCAACCUCUCAGUUCUCAAAAGCCCUUCAUUAUCCCUAGAUUUUGAACCCCAUCACACAAUGUCUCUCCCUCCGGACGCCUCAGAAGAACCCGAAUUCUUUGAAUUCUGCAGUGAGAACUUCACACAUUACUGCCCAUGUCAAGACGCAACAAGGGAAAGACAGUUUAAUAUGGAAAAGAUGUUUCACAGAGAGCGGCAUUGUCCGGGGAAGGAUGAGGUAAUCCGGUGUUUGAUUCCUAAACCAGUUGGAUAUAGGAAACCAUUUCCAUGGCCGAAGAGCAGAGAAGUUGCUUGGUUUAAUAAUGUACCGUUCAAGAUGUUGACUCAGUACAAAAAAAUGCAGAACUGGGUACGCUUGGAAGGUGAUAAGUUAGUAUUUCCAGGAGGUGGGACAUCUUUCCCCAUGGGCGUGAAGAAUUAUGUGGAUCUGAUUAAGAAGGUCGUCCUGUUAAAAUCGGGGAAUGUCAGGACAGUUCUUGAUGUUGGUUGUGGGGUUGCAAGCUUUGGUGCUGCACUGAUGGACUUUAACAUCUUGACAAUGUCAAUAGCACCGAGAGAUAUCCAUGAAGCUCAGGUACAGUUUGCACUGGAAAGAGGGUUACCAGCCAUGAUAGGUGUAUUAAGCACCUAUAGGCUGCCAUUCCCAGCGAGGUCCUUUGAUAUGGUUCAUUGUUCAAGAUGCCUAGUACAAUGGACUGGCUAUGAUGGGCAGUAUUUGAUGGAAAUUGAUCGGAUCUUACGUCCUGGUGGUUAUUGGGUAUUGUCUGGACCACCUAUCAAUUGGAAGGUCAACUACAAGGGUUGGCGGAGGCUGCCUCAGGACUUGGAAGAAGAGCAGGCUAGCUUGGAGGAUCUUGCAAGGCGAUUAUGUUGGAAGAAGAUUGCAGAACGGGGUCCAAUUGCAGUAUGGAGAAAACCUUCUAAUCAUGUUCACUGCACACAAAAGUUAAAGGCAUGGAAGUCUCUACGUUUUUGUGGUAGUGAUCCUGACGCUGGUUGGUACAAGAAGAUGGAGACAUGCAUUACUCCUCUCCCUAAGGUGAGAGAUAUCACAGAUAUAUCUGGAGGUGCUCUGGAGAAAUGGCCUAAACGGUUGACUGCAGCUCCACCAAGGAUCAGAGAUGGGACCAUUGGAGGAACUACUGUUAGGAACUUUGAUCAAGAUAAUCAGUUAUGGAAUCAUCGAGUGUCCUACUAUGGGAUUAUUCUUAAAUCUCUCCCCAUGGGUAAGUAUAGAAACAUAAUGGACAUGAAUGCUGGCUUUGGGGGUUUUGCCUGUGCACUGUCCCAAUAUCCAGUUUGGGUUAUGAACGUGGUUCCAUUCGAUGCAAAGAACAAUACUCUUGGUGUCAUCUAUGACCGUGGCCUCAUUGGGACUUACAUGAACUGGUGUGAGGCAUUCUCAACAUACCCCCGCACAUAUGACUUGAUACAUGCAUCUGGGGUUCUCAGUAUGUACAUGGACAAGUGUGACAUCCUUGACAUUCUUUUUGAGAUGCAUCGUAUUCUUCGCCCUGAAGGGGCUAUUAUUAUAAGAGACCAUGUUGAUGUCAUUGUGAAAGCAAAGAGCUUCAUUGAUCGGAUGAGAUGGAACAGCAAGAUUGCUCAUAGUGAGAAGGGGCCUUUCGAUCCAGAUAAGGUCCUCAUUGUUGACGGUUCAGAACAAUAAAAAUUUGCUAUCCAUGCCACAAACAAAGAAUUACUUGUUAGUCAACUGUUGUAAAUAAUAGCGAGUUCACAAAAUUGAAUGAAAACUUUUUUUUUUCAUUUUUUCA